CUGCUUUCAGAGACACAGUAUUGCCCAAAGUCACUUGUCCUCUUUAUUGAUGCAUUGGAUGAAUGCAGCGAAUCACAUGUGCGAAAGCUCGUGCGCUUCCUUGAAGAUCUCAGCAUCAAGGCAAAGAUGACUCUCAAUAUCUGUCUAUCAAGCCGCCAUUAUCCAAACAUCAGCAUGGAAAAGCAUUUGGAAUUGGUUGUAGAAACUACGAGCGAGCACGACAAGGACAUCAUCAAAUACGCCGGCGAUAAAUUGACAAAGAUAGAUGAGCGGAUCAAAACAAAAGUCCUGCAAAAGGCAUCUGGUGUCUUUAUGUGGGUUGUGCUUGUCAUUGAAAUGCUGAACAAAGCAUAUGAUGAAGGCCAACUCGAAGCUAUGCAUCAACUGUUACAAGAAAUACCUAGCGGUCUUGAUGAAGUGUUUCUCACACUGCUGAGUAAAGACAAUCCAAGACUUUAUUUAUGCUCCAGUUUGUUUUAUUCACGGGACGAUUGCUCAAACCAGAAGAGCUAUAGUUUGCGACUCUGGCUGAAAUGA